AACUCUUUUGUUCUUCAUACCUUCUCUUCUUCUGCUUUGCUUUACCUCGAAUCGUCUCCUCUGCAGCACCGUUUGACGGGGCUCCAAGUCGAACCCUUCUUCUCUCUCGUCCUCCACAGUUGCAGGAGAAGUAAUGGACGUGGACUGCCUGAGCCGUGUUAAAGAAGCCGAAGUGGAUCUGAUGACGAUGACGACGGAGAUGGAGAACCCGAGUGAACUAUCCAAAUCACCACUUCAUGUCUCUCCGGCUUUCUGCACACAUGUAGCCUCCUCUUUGCUCGUCGGCGCAACAUCUUCCUUACCUUUCGGUGGUCCCCAGGAGCCGGCGGAGGCCGGGGGCGACGGGCAGCCCCCGGUGGAUGCCAUGAGAGAGAUGAUAUUUCUCGUCGCGGCGAUGCAGCCCAUUCACGUCAACAGGGAGCUGCUGAAUCCGCCAAAGCGGCGGAAUGUGAGGGUCUCGAAGGACCCCCAGAGCGUGGCGGCCAGGCACCGGAGGGAGAGGAUAAGCAGGAGGAUAAGGAUGCUGCAGCAGCUCGUCCCCGGGGGGACCAAGAUGGACACGGCGUCGAUGCUUGCCGAGGCCAUCCACUACGUGAAGUUCCUCAAGCGCCAGGUGCAGGUCCUGGAGCGGGCAGCCAGCUCCGCCGUAAACGGGCUAUCCACUACCGGUGCUACCACCACCACCGGUUUCUCUGCAGUUGGCACAGGAUUCAUGGAUGGAAGCUACUUGUGGUUCGAGAAAGGGUACGAGGGUGGGAUGGGGAGUUCAUCACGAACAACAAUGUCUCAGAUGCAUGUCGAGCGGAAAUGA